UCCGUUUGGAGGUGGGCCGCGUCACACCCCCUGCCUUUAAGAAGGGCUCCAACUAAACCCGAGAUACCAGCAGAGAGGAACCGCUUCUGCUCCGAACAUAUCAAUUCAAACGAAGCCUUUUAAAGUUUGAAAGCACCGCAGCAGUCAUGACGCAAGCUCUGGACAUCGAGAAAUGGAAUCUGGAGUGUUUGUUCAACAACACCGACCAUCGCACUGACCUCAAUGGAGCUGAUCGACUCAUAGUGAGGAGAGGCCAGCCAUUCUCCAUCAGUCUUUAUCUUCGGUCUGGAAGCUACCAGCCAGGGAUCAGCUCUCUUGACUUCAUUGCAGAAACAGGUCCUCAGCCCUCUGAGCAGUAUGGUACCAGGGCCCGUUUCGGUGUCUCUCCUAAUAUUGACACUUCUACCUGGAGUGCCGCAGUAACCAGCCCUCCUGGGAACACGGUGGCCCUCUCUAUCUGCUCUUCUCCCAAAGCUCCUAUUGGCCGCUACACUCUUACCCUGGGCCAGUCAGGGAAGAUUGAGUUCAUUCUUCUGUUUAAUCCCUGGUGUCCAGCGGAUGAGGUGUAUAUGGACAAUGAGCAGAACCUGGCCGAGUAUGUUCUUUCUCAGGAUGGGAUCAUCUUUCGAGGCAGCAGCAAACACCCCAUACCCACUCCCUGGAAUUUUGGCCAGUUUGAAAGUGGAAUCCUGGAUAUUUGUCUUAGGAUUCUGGAUAUGAAUCCUAAAUGCCUGCGUAAUCCUGGAAAAGACCAUUCAGGGAGAAGAAAUCCCAUCUAUGUAACCCGAGUACUGAGUGCAAUGGUAAAUUGUAAUGACGACAAAGGGGUGUUGCUGGGGAAAUGGUCUGACGGAUAUGAAGGAGGGGUCAGUCCUUUGUUUUGGCGUGGCAGUGUGGAGAUUCUGCGAAACUGGGACACUCAAGCCUGUCAGCCCGUUCGCUACGGACAGUGCUGGGUGUUUGCUGCUGUGGCCUGUUCGGUUUCCAGAGCACUGGGCAUUCCCUGUCGAGUCAUAACCAACUUUCUGUCUGCCCAUGACAACAACAGCAACCUGGUGAUUGAACGUUACGUCAAUGAGAAAGGGGAUUCCAUUCAAUCUAGAGAAAUGAUCUGGAAUUACCAUUGCUGGGUGGAAAGUUGGAUGACUAGGCCAGACCUCAAACCUGGCUUUGAUGGCUGGCAGGCUAGUGACCCCACUCCUCAGGAAAAGAGUGAAGGAGUGUAUUGCUGCGGCCCCAUCCCUGUCAAGGCCAUCAAGGAGGGGGAGCUUACCUUCAAGUACGACGCCCCUUUUGUUUUUGCUGAGGUCAAUGCUGAUAUUGUCACACUCAUGAAGAAAAAGGAUGGUAGCACUUCAGAGGUCACCACCACUGGAUUGGUGGGCCAGAAGAUCAGCACCAAGAGUGUUGGCAGUGACACCAGAGAGGACAUCACUCACCUCUACAAGUACCCUGAAGGAUCGGAUGAAGAGCGGGAAGCUUUCACAAAAGCCAACCAUCAAAACAAGCUUCUCCGAGAGAAGCCGGACCAAGGCCUCCACGUCACUAUCAAAGUUACACCUGACAUGAGGAAGGGCUGUGACUUUGACGUAUACGCUGUUGUUACCAACAACACAGAAGUAGAGACAAAGUGCCGCCUGGUGUUUGGGUCCUGCGCUGUUUCCUACAAUGGAUUUCUGGGAGGGAAUUGCGGUUUCAAAGACUUGCUCAACGUUCAGCUCACACCGGGAGCAGAGAGGCGAGUCCCACUCAGGCUGAAUUACACAAAGUAUGGGGAUCUAGUAACAGAAGACAACUUAAUUCGACUCGCAGCUCUACUGGUGGAUUACUCCACGGGAAAGACAAAACUGGCAACAAGAAACAUUGUACUGGACAAUCCUGAAAUUAAAGUCAGAAUCCUCGGUGAACCAAAGGAGAACCGGAAGCUGGCUGCAGAAAUUACCCUUCAGAACCCUCUACCAGAGCCACUGGAUAACUGCUGCUUCAGCAUUGAGGGAGCCAACCUGACUGGAGGCAACAUCAUCUCUGAGAGGCUGGGCUGCACAGUGGGACCAGGGGAAGACGCCAAAGUUAAAAUCUACUUUACCCCGACCCAUUCUGGGUUAAGAAAACUGGUCGUCGACUUUGACAGCAACAAGUUGUGUCAUGUCAAGGGCUACAGGAAUGUCAUUAUUGGAAAAUAAUAUGUUUUAUAGAUUUGAAGAUGGAAACAUUUUUAGUCAAUUUUUCAUAACUGUCUAUGCAUCUAAAUAUAUUAAUCGAAGCACAUGUAGCAUUUUUUCUUGCUGCAGACUGAAAAGAUUGUUUCCUCUUGCUUUCUCCUCAAAUACUUUAUAUAAAAUUAUUUUAAUCUUGCUGUUUUGAAAAAUGAAUCUUAUCUAAUCACAUUUAUUAGUGCAAACUUUUUAACCUGCAAUGUACUUUUUCAUAGUCUGAAGCAAAGAUAGCAUGUUACUCUUGAUAGUAGCUUUUUUGCAUAAAACUUAUUACAUGAGAACUGAAUAUGCAUCUGAGUUUGAGUCAUAUUUGGGGAACAAUUGAAGCUGUAUAACUUUAGCUAACUUGAAAUAAACACAUGUUAAACUAA